AUGAAGUACUCCGCUGUCAUCCUCGCUCUCUGCGCUGUUGCCAUGGGCGAACUUACCAAGGUUCCCCGAAGCAACAAUGUCAUCGCUCCCGCGCCUCCCGCCUUCGGACGCCGUCAGGCCGCCGGCGUCAAGACCCAGGACGGUGCCAUGAGCACUGCCGACGGCGCCGUCGUCAACUUCGACACCGCCGGUGUCUACAAGGCUGCCACCGAGGCGGGCCAGUAA